AUCCAUCCACCCAUCCAUCCAUCAUCUUCCCAUCAUGUCCACCCCCGGAGAUUCAGCCUCCACAGCCAAGCCACAGCGACUUCUGUCCUGCGUGCAUUGUCAGCGGCGCAAGAUCAGAUGCGACCGGAAUUCGCCCUGUGCCAACUGCCUGCGUGCUGGCGCCGACUGCGUGUCCGCCACGCGCCAGCGACGUCGCCGCUUUGCCGAGCGUGACCUGUUGGACCGUCUGCGCCAUUAUGAAAACUUGCUGCGUCGGAACAAUAUCGCCUUCCAACCCUUACAUCCUUCGCGUGACGACCCGACCUCACCCGGCGAAGGUGACCCAUGUUCACGCAGAUCGGAGGCGGAUCAGUCAACAGAUGCGCAGCCCAAGGCAGUUAAUGCGUGGCAUGCCAUCAACCAAAGGACGGUGGAUGCAAGUGAUGCCGGCCCUGAUGGUGAAGGGCCCCAUGGUGGCCUCGGCCAGGACGUGAGUCAAAACGUGAUUAUGACGACCUGGAAUCAUAUGUACCAGCGCGAUCGGAAUAAUCAUCUCUUGUUCGGCCCUGCAACUACCGACAUGGAUCUGCCAGCCGCACACCCCGACCAGGCCCGCAUCUUUCGACUCUGGCAGACGUAUCUGGAUAACGUUGACCCACUGCUCAAGGUCACUCACUCCCCGACCCUGCAGUCUCGCAUCAUCGAUGCUGCAGCCAAUCUAGCUCAAGUCCCACCAGCAUUCCAGGCACUCAUGUUCAGCAUCUACUGCAUGGCUGUGCUCAGUAUGACGGACGACGAGUCUCAGAGGACGCUGGGUGCCACUCGGAAAGAGAAACUCGCUGCGUACCAGCUCGCCUGCCAGCAGGCGCUCCGAGAUUGUGACGUUUUCAGAUCUGCGGAUCGCGACAGCCUGACAGCCUUGUUUCUCUACUUGGUGUCUAUACGGGCGGACACCGACCCUCGAACCUUGUCUUCUAUGCUGGCGGUGGCGAUCCGCAUUGCUCGACGUAUGGACCUUGACCGAGAGGCAGCCAACGCGCGCUGUCUGGCGUUAGAAGGGGAGAUGCGUCGCCGAUUGUGGUGGGCUCUGGUGCUUUUCGACAGUCGGAACUGCGAAAUGUGUGACUACCGACUAGUCCCCUUAGACCCCACCUGGGAUUGUCGGCCCCCAUCCAAUAUACAUGACUUUGACCUCCGGCCUGAGAUGAAAACACUGCCCACAGGCCACGACCGACCGACCGAAGCGGUCUUCAUCGUGGCCCGGAGUGAGAUUGCGGACUUCAUCCGGCACAGCCCUUGCCACCUGGAUCUUACCAACCCAGUCUUUCACCGCAUGGUGGACAGGUCGCAACAUCCCGGAGACUUGGUCGAUCUUGAGGACAGUAUAGAGCAAAACCUUCUCGCCUCCUGCAGUCCUGAUAAUCCUUUACAGUACAUGACCCUGUGGGCGGCACGCGGAAUGUUGGCGAAAAGUCACCUCCUCAAGUACUGCACUGAACAGGCGAAAGCCACUGAUGGGUCCAGUGAACAGGCGCUAAAUACUGCUCUAACACAGGCUCUCACUAUGCUCGACUCCGACACGAGACUGAUGACUUCCCCACUUACAGCAGGAUAUCGAUGGUCUUUACUCGUAUAUUUUCCCCUGCCGGCCUACAUAUACAUCCUCCGAGAUCUGCAAAGACGACCGGAGAAGCACACCGACUCAAUCUGGGAAGCAAUGGGCAAGAACUAUGAAGCACGAAAGAUGGGUAUCAUGGCGAACGAGUCCCCGCUUUUCGUGGUCUUUGCGCGUCUCGUGCUCCAAGCCUGGGAGGCGCAAGAGAUAGCCUCCUCUGACCGGAAGCUGCAGCCACCGUGGAUGGUGACGGAUGUUCGCAGAAGGAUUCUAGAAAUAAGAGCAUCCUUUGCGGGCAAGAAUAAUCUGGGACCCGCAAGUAGCAGUCCAACACCCGCUGGAGGACCGCACGAACCUCUUAGCCCAAUGGCGGCCAACACGGGCGCUGGGAGUCAUGGCUCCGCUGGUGAACCAGACCUGCCAGGUUCCACGUUUGCGGAUGCCCUCGACUAUGCUUCCCUAUUUGGUGCAAAUCAGAUGGGAGUUGAUCUGAACCAGUUGUACCUGUCUCCGAUGGACUGGAUCUUUGGUCAGCCAUAG